AUGACUAGCAACCUCUACGGCACCACCAACUACGGUUCCAACUAUGGUACCUACGGAACCGAUGCCUAUGGCAACACUUAUGACACCAGCACGUAUGGCACUACCGCCGACGCCAGCACAUACGGCGCCAACCGCACCUCGUACGAUCCAACCACUGGCUCGUAUGACCAGCAUAUCGACUACGACCGCGACGCCUACACGCGCCGCCAUCAUCGCGAGCAAAUGGACGAUUCCGGGCGCUACUAUCACCGUGAUGUAGACCGCGACACCUCCGGCCUGGACAAUUCCACGCACGUGCACAAGGAGUACUCCAACCCUAAUACCGGCACCAGCUAUCACCGGGACUCGAAUUAUGACCGCAACAAUGGGGCUGAUGCAUCAAUACAGCUGACGGAGUUUGCAGUAAAGCAGCUAAUUAUGGCGCCAGUACACAAGGUUGCCGUCAUUCAAUGGCAUAUCAAGAAUCUUGACCCCGAGUACAAUCAUUCUCAAGCAAUUUCAUACAUUACUUCCGCUGCUUCCGACGGCGCCAGUGUUGCUGUUCUCCCAGAAUAUCACCUCUAUGGCUGGGCCCCUGAGUCCCCCCUCUUUGCAUCUCUCGCAGUUCAAUACAAAACUUACCUGGACUCAUACUGCGCCCUCGCCAAAAAGCUGAAUAUCAACAUCGUCCCCGGCACGAUUAUAGAAGCUCACCCAAAGUCUCACAAAGGGAAUUCAAACGAAGACAGCGAUAUUUUGUUGUACAACACUGCAUACUUUAUCUCCUCCGCGGGACAAAUCUUGGGCAAAUACCGCAAGAAAAACAUCUGGCACCCGGAACGACCGCACCUGACUUCGAGCGGAACUGAUCCUCAUGAGGUUAUUCAAACAGAUCUAGGUAAGGUCGGUUUGUUAAUUUGCUGGGAUCUGGCUUUCCCGGAGGCGUUUAGAGAGCUGAUUGCCAAGGGAGCGGAGAUAAUCAUUAUCCCUACUUUUUGGGGUAAACUGGAUGCAACACCGGCAGGACUCGCAAUAAACCCAGAAAGCGAGCGCCUCUUUCUCGACUCGACACUGACAUCUCGCUGCUUCGAAAACACAUGCGCUAUUAUUUUCGCCAACGCAGCGGGGCCGAGUGAUACGUUCCUCGGAAUGUCGCGGGUUGUGCUUCCAUUUAUUGGACCUGUCAAAAGCAUGGGUGCCGAAGAGGGCUAUAUCGUUGUUGAUUUGGACAUGUCUGUGUUAGAUGUCGCUGAGGACAACUACAAAGUCCGGCAAGAUAUCGGGUCCGAAGGAUGGUACUAUACUUAUAGACAUGACCAAUCCAGCAUUGCCAAAUAA